UUUACUUUGUUUUUUUUUAUUAGAAUUUAAGGAUAAAGAACUACUUAGACGGUGCCUGGAUAAGCGAGGAAGAUUUAGCCAAAGAACUUUUGGAAUACACGGAUAAUCGACAUCCUUUUGAGACAAUGGAGGAAAGACUGACUGAUAUCAGGGAGAUUAUGAGAAAAGUUGUCAGGAAAGGGAAAGAUAAGGAAGCUUAGAAUGUUAUGGAAGAAGAACUGAUUCUUCCAAUUGCUCGUACAGAAAAACCGCCGGGAUCAAAAACUAAUCCUCAGUGAAUGACGAGCCCUGUUCCAUGAGAUAUCAAGUGCUUGUCGAUAAAGUAACUAGUUUGUUUUCCAUCUGCACCAAUUAUGAGAGCUGUGACUGGAUGAAUGGGAGGUAUAUUGAACAUAUGCAAAUAGUAAUCUAAAAAGUAAACACCCAGCCCGAUUUAGAAAUAGACCUCGAAACCGUUUGACGUUUUCUAUUAAGCUUCGUUUUUGACGGUUGAUGGUAAGGAGUUCAUGCUUUGUGAACCAGCCGCUCAAGCGUUGUAUUGGAGGUAACGAUCACAGUGCCGUAAAUCACAGCUAUAGCUUUGUAGGCUUUUUAGCCGCACAAUGUGGCAGUACAUUGUGACGAUCUUAUAAAAAACCUACACCUUAUAUUUGUAUCUCAUGGAGUAAUGAGCUAGGAAAGAUAAUUAUUCUCGUCUUGGUCCUUUUUCCAAUUUGUGUCAAUUUGUGUAAGUGAUAAGAAGUAUGAACAGAUAAUUUUCUGUGACUCAAUUCAACGAUAAAUCGACCCUCCUUUUAGGUAAAUGUAAUAGUCUUAUGUGUUAAUGCAUUAAAGGAAAAUUAGUUGAGACUUUGUGAUCAGGUCAGUUUUUCUCACACAGUAAUGCCCCAAACCUUAAAAGAAAGAAAGGAAAAGAAAAAAUUGAAAGUAAAAUAAAGGAAGAAAGAGAGAAUGAAAGAACGUACGAACAAAUGUGGGUACGAACGCACGAACUAACGAACGAACGCACGAACUAACGAACGAACAAACGAACUAACGAACAAACGCACGAACUAACGAAUGAACGUACGAUCUAACAAACGAACGCAUGAAUUAACGAACGAACGCAAGAAAGAAAAAAAGAAUGAGACAGAGAAAGAAAAGAGGAGUAUAGAAAAAGAAUAGUAAGUUUUAUAUUCUGACAGCACCUAAGGAGACGGUUGAGUCUAGGGAGGGGAGGGUGGACGGGAGAUAUCUUUUCUUUCUUGCAGAAUUAUAAUAAACAGUUGUCCUUUCCAAUAUGCCACUAUCCACGCGACCCACACGCUGUUCCACUGGGUUGUAUCACCACGUCACUCACAUGUCAAAAUCGAGCGGACUCUCUUGGAAAAAAAACCAAAUUUUUAAUAGAACCAAGCGUUGUUGUUCAAAACACAUUUUCCUAUCACAAAAUCACCGGAAACUACAGCUGUAACCCAUCCUGAAAUCAAUUUCCAUAUGCCCCAGUCUCCGACCUAACGUGACAACCGCGGAAUUCAUUGUUUGUUAUUGCGUGCGUGUAUUGUUAUGCUGAAAUUUCAGCUUCACUGGUUGAACGAAGGCAGACAAUAUAUGUCGCAAUAAGCCGCUGGACGCCGUAUGAUACUUUAUCUGAGAACACUACAAGAAAUUUCUCAGUCGUUUUCGACUCUACAUACAAGAAGAUCGUUUCUCGAUCCGCUAAUCACGAUAUGAAAUAUUUGUCUUUCUUCGUUUUACUCCUCUCGCUUCAAGACCAUUCCAAAGCCUCUAAAGUCUGCUAUGGUAAAUACGGAUGCUUUUCAAGCCACCCUCCAUUUGACAAGUCACUCAUUUUACUACCCUCUGAUCCUGAUUCGAUCGGUACGAAGUUUAUCCUGCACACCAAAACGAACGCACAAAGUAACCUAGAAAUCCUCAAUACAGACAACAACACCUCAAUCGUUAACUCUACGUUUGACCCUUUGCUAAAAGUGAAGUUUAUUGUGCAUGGAUAUACCCAGAAUGGAGAGAGUGCCUGGGUAAAAAAGAUGGCGUCGGAGCUUUUGAAAAAAGAGAAGAUGAACGUGAUUGUGGUCGAUUGGGGACUAGGGUCUAGUGUCAUGAAUCUUUACGACAUCGCAGCCGGAAACACGCGGCUUGUUGGAGCACAGGUAGCUGAUUUAAUCGACGUAUUGCACCGGAAGUUCAAUGUGGCGCUGAACAAGUUUCAUAUUAUUGGACACAGUCUUGGCGCACAAGUAGCAGGUUUUGCCGGAGAAAGACUGGUUAAGAGCGGAAAAGUUAUUGGGCGAAUUACAGGUCUGGAUCCUGCGAGACCUGGGUUUGACUUUGAUGACGGGCGAAUUAGACUGGACCCGACUGACGCAAUGUUUGUCGACGUCAUUCACAGCGACAUAAGGAAUGGUGCCAUCGAUAGCUCUUUAGGACUCCAGCGUCCCUGUGGUCACGUGGAUUAUUACCCCAACGGUGGGAUAGAGCAGCCAGGAUGUGCAACUUCUCACGUCGUUGGAGGUGCGGUCGAUUCCUUAUUAGACAGUGGUCAAGUCUCUUUACCAUGGAUGGUAGCCUGUAAUCACAUGAAAUCAGUGGCCUAUUUCACUGCCUCAAUCAAUAGCGCAUGCGCGUUCAAAGCUUUCCCAUGUGACAACUGGACGGAUUUUCAAGAUGGAAAGUGUCUCUCGUGCGAUGGAAAAUGCUCUGAAAUGGGAUACAACGCUAAAAAACAUCGCGGGAGCAAGCCUGUGCUAGCGUACUUGAAAACAGUAAAGCAGGCACCUUUCUGUGUCAGCGACAAUUAUUACCGGGUUGUCGUCCACUCAAAAGCUGGGUCUAACCUGUUCUCAAUCUCCAGCAUUAUUAACGACAGAAUUUCUGUCAAGCUCAUUGGAAGCAAGGGGACUGUGGAAACGGUCCGUCCAAGAAGUUUAAAAAACGGAAAGAAUAGUUUCGUGCUUUCAUCUGCUCGUGACGUUGGAAAACUGCGAUCUGUCCAAGUCCAACUUAAUGGAUACGGCUCCUUCCUGAAGAAAGUUGUUGUGCACUCCAAGGCGACGAACAAAAGAUACACUGCGUGUUUUAGGAAACAACUGGGAGGCUACUUCUCAUAUCUGAUAUCUUUUAAUUACACCCGAACCUUCGUGGAAGGGAAACACCACCAUUGUUGAAAAGGGUAAAGAAUGGCUAUAAGAAAAAACCAAGCGUGUAACGAGGCUAAACGAAGCCUCAGAACACGAAGAUUGUGUAGCUACUGCUAUCAUCACACCAGCUUUUCAAUCUAGCAUUUUACAAGUCAGCUUACAUCUCUUACUUUAGGCGAUUAUAGACGCUACAAUGUAAUCCCUGAUAUAACCAAACAAGUUUGUUGAGGGAAGAAAUAGUUUCAGUAAGAGGGAUCGGGAAGGGGUUUUUUAACUUCAAUUUUUUUCUAAUACAUUUAAUUUCUUGUUUUCUUGUUUAUUUGUUUCUAAUAUAAUACUUAGCUCAAGCAACUUCAAACACGUUUUCGUUUUUCACGUUAUUUUCUCAAUAAAGAAAAUGACUUAUAUAGUGAAACUAGUUUUCUGCUAACUGGAACAUGUAGGAGAGGGUAACAUAUGGGCGUGACAAAGGGGGGGGGGUCUAUAUUCAUGGACGUUCCCCCUUAGUUUUCAGAAAGUGAUAGUAGGUUAUGAUAAGAAUGGACUUGUCAUGGUCCUCAAAUAUCAGCAAGACACAAGUGUGGAACCCUCCCACCACACUCAUACCUCCCCUAUUGAGAAAAAUCUUCUGCUUGAGCACUAGGUAACGGCUACCUCAUAGUUGACGCAAAUAUCAAUACCUUAAUGUUUCUAAAGAGGUCAACACCAAAUCAUCACAUAGGUUACCUCUCUAAAAGUAAUUCAAUAACUGUAAAAAGGAAACAUAUUAAUAAAAUGUAGUUCAUACUUA